AGAAUGCAUAACAACCGCUUUGUCGUUUGUUUUGUUUUUUUUAAAACUCUCGCGGGCUUUGUUUUGAUAUGGCGGCAGGCUUCGAAACUUUUGUUGGGUAUGUUUCCCACAACGCAGGCUUUUGCUUCAGCAACACCGAUUUCCUCCUGCGUUACAGAUUAGCGAGACCUGCUUGAGACAGUGCGGCCAUAAUGUCAUCGCCAACCGGGGUACAGUACUCACAGUUAGAGUUCCUGGCCCGGUGGAUGCCAAGUAGCAGCAGAGCCGGCGUGAUCCUCAACCCCAGCACGGACUUGGCGGGGUCCUUGCGGCACAGCUCCGCCGUGGGAUCCCCGCCCCAGCAGCCAGACGACUCCUUCGCAUCCGACUUUGCCCCUCUGCCCGCCUCCGCAGACAGCAGCUGCCACGGUGUGGAUGGAUUUGCACGGCUGCCAGGAGGAGAGAGGGCUGGGACUGACCGGCCAGUGAACGGUCUAUACUCUGUCCCUACGAGAAAUUCAGAUGGACAGUUGGACAGUUUGGAUGAGAUGGCAAGCAAAUCACAGGAUCUGCCCCUAAUGAUGAAGCUAGAACAGUUGAGGAAAUGGCAGCAACACAUGCAGGAGCAGCUAAAGGCCCAUCAGUUGGAGGAGCUCCUUUGCCUCCAGGAAGAGCAGCAGAGGCUGCUGGGAAUGAUGAAUGGAUCUCAGCUCCGCACAGGAGAUCACUCAGAGAGUCCAGGGCUGUCAGGAGCUAGGUGGGAGGAGAACUCACUCCAGGAAGCCUCUCAUCACAGAGAGAGCCCAAACAGCCCCACCGGAAACUGCUCUGGGAUCCCACAGGACUCUACCUAUGGCCUUCAACAGGAACAAACUCUCUCACCAGCAGCGAGACGGGAGCGGCUACCAAGGGGUCAAAAUCAUGGGGAGAUGGAUGACAAGGAUGGGGGCAUCUGGAACUCCAGAGACUAUGACCAAGAGCUUGAUGACACAUUGAUACCAAGUAACGGCGUGGCUCUGACUGAGGAUCAUGCUAGAAAAAAAGAUAAAAUCUCAGAGGAAAGACCUAUUAAACCAGGCAUUGGAGGUCACAAGCAGACGUUUGAGGAGUUGCUGGAGGAGCAACUGAGGCUGGAGGAGCAGAGGCUGAAGUCUGCCCGGCAACAGCAGAGCCAGGAUGGAGCUGAAGAUGUACAAGUCCCUCCCAAGAGGGCCUUUCUGAAGCGAGGCGAGGGGCUUUCUAGAUUUACCAACAAUCGAAAAGCCUCUUUACCAAAAAAGGAGGUGAAGAAGGACUGCAAACCACAACCCCAGGCCAGAAUAAUCUCCCGCAGCAACUCAGAACCUGCAGCUAUACAGAAAGGUGGCACAAAUUGCAUCCAGCGGCUUCCUGUUCAGCGUAAAACCGCCAUACUUAACAAGGAGAACCGACUGAGAAGUCUCAGUUCGCCACCUCAGGACAUCAGAGCUGAAAGUAAGGCAGCUAGGAUGAAGGUUUUGGGUAGUCAUCAAAGGCAGAAUACAGAGGGACCAGAGUCUAUUCAAACCUACCCAGAGGGCAGACAGACCAGACAGUGUCAACUGGGGCAAGUAAAGGAACAGAACAACAGGACAGUGGGUCUGUCUGCACUGGCUGUGAGGAAACCUGGGUCUCACAACAUGCAGCCAAACCCUGUAACCAAACAGGUGGGCAUGUUGGAAGGGCCAGGGAAGGCUGAGGAUUAUGCAGCUAAAGAGAAAAAUUGUGGUUCAAAAGUGGAAUCAGUGGAAGGACGAAUGGGGUCAGAGGGAGAAGAAGAAGGAGAUGGAGUUCCAAUGGACUCGUUUGAGCUGUCGUUCCAGGAGAAGCUUCAGCGCUGGGAGUGCAACAGGCAGUUGGAAAGCAUGGAGCUGGGAGAGUUUGAGCUACUGGAGCAGGCAGCCGAAGAGCUGUCCUUCUCGUCCAACUCUUCUUUUGUCAUGAAGGUUCUUCAGAUGGACCAGCAGCACCAGCAGCUACAGGCCGUUCGGGGGCACCACCUGCGACGGCUCUCCUCCACCCCCAUCAAGUCACCUCCCAGAGGUGCACUUCAGAGGUGCAGCAGUGUUGGCAGCGGUGGUGAUUUGGCACGUAGAAGCAGUUCUGUGAACUCAGAAGCAUUUGUGGUGAAGAUAAAAGAUGAUGCACUCAAGAACAAAGUGAGCACUGAGGAUAGAGAAGGACAGGACAGUGGGACAGAAGACAAGCAGGAGAACUCUGAUGUUUCAUCCUGUGGUGGCUCUGAAUUUGAGGACCAGGGAGUGGCGGUCAAACCACCUUUGUUUCCCAGCACCCUUUACUUUCCUUCACAGUCUAACCCGCCAUACGAUAAGCGGUCGUACCAGGACGAGGACAGUUGUAGAGCUUCGGAUGCGACACAAGAUGGCGAUGGGGAGGGAGACAGCGUCCUCAGCGACGCUGACGAGUCCACUCUGAUAGGGGACAAAGAUGGCCAGCAGGGGAGAGUUGUGUUUGAUGACGAUGACACAUGGAACGACUUGGAGGAAACUCCAGUCAACCCAGCCGGUGACAGUGGAGGAGUCAGUCCAGUUUCCAAGGCAACGGCCAAUGGCGCCUCACCACCGGAGCGGACUUUGUUGAGGAAGGUGGCAGUGAGCAAAGUUGUGGCGCUGGAUAAGGGCACAGUCAUUGGUUCAGGCAUUCCUGAGCCAGCUACACCGCCUCCUCCUGCCUCCCAGCUCAUGACAAGGUUGUUCCCCUCGCUGAAGCCAAAGGCCCAGAAUGUACCUCUCCCUCCUCCGGCCACUUCUGUUGCUCCUGGGUCCAAAAAACCAGAGGAGGAGACGGGCCAGCAGGUCCAGUCUAGACGACUGAGGGAGAGACUAGUUGAGCUGGAGAUUGAGAUCGAGAGGUUUAGGAAGGAGAACGCUGCCCUUGCCAAACUCAGACAGGAGAACGAGAAAAACCAGGAAAACCUCAGGAAAGAGCGUUUGGAGUUUGAGCAGACAAAAGCGGAGGAGCUGGCCAAGUUUGAGGAGUACAGGAAAGACGAAAACAAGAAGCUGCAGAAGGAGCGCAAACUGUUUGAGAAGCACGCGUCAGCCGCCAGAACCAUUCCUGACAAGAAGGAGCGUGAGGAAAUCCAGGUGUUGAAGCAGCAGCUGAGCUCCCUGCAGGAGGAGCUGAGGCGGAAGGAGAGUCGCUGGGCCUGCACACACAGCCGGCUGCGGCAACAGAUCGACUCCCUCAGCCAGGAGAACAGUUCUCUCCGGGACGAGGUCCGAAUGUUGGAAAAGCUCCGCCUCAAUGCCUGGAAGAAAUUCCCUGUCAGUGCAGAGAAGGACAAGGAAACAAAAGACGGUCCCAAAAUAUUUGCAAACAGUGUUUCAUCUGUGACCAAAGGAGUGAAAUUUGCGAGUCCUCUUGAGUCUAGGGGAAGCAGCAGCAGUCCCCCGUGGAGCAGCACAGCCGCAGCCAGUAGAAGGAGCUCCGGGGACAGUAGUACUACAGCAGGGAUGAAGAGCAGCCUGAGGAGGCCGUUAGGGCCGAGCACCUCCUCCUCCUCAUUGCCUGGCAGGAGGACAGAGGAGAGGUCAACACCUGCCAGCGAAAGCCAGGACAAGCCGCCAAACCAAGAACAAUCAGCAAACAGCUUCUCCCCGAAAAGGGAUUCUCUGCCAAAAGAACCAGAGCGCAGCGAGACCGAAGAGGCGGAAUCAGCUCAGGAGGUUAUCACACACCCUGACGGGAAGAUAGAGAAGGUUCUGGCCGGCGGUGAUCGCCUUAUCAUCUUCCCCAACGGGACCAGGAAGGAGGUUUCAGCAGACGGACUGACGGUCAGGGUCACUUUCUUCAACGGAGACACCAAGCAGAUCACAGCCGACCAGAGAGUGAUCUACUACUACUCUGACGCCCAGACCACACACAUCACCUACCCAGAUGGCCUGGAGGUCCUGCACUUCUCCAACAACCAGACUGAAAAGCAUUUCCCAGACGGCCGUAAGGAAAUCACCUUCCCAGACCAGACGGUCAAGAACCUGUUCCCAGACGGCAGAGAGGAGAGCGUGCUGACGGACGGGACCAUCAUACAGGUCAACCCGGACGGCACCAAGGAGAUCCAUUUCAACACGGGCCAGAAGGAGACCCACACAGCUGACUACAAGAGGAGGGAGUAUCCCGACGGCACCGUGAAGACGGUCUACGCCGACGGCAGGCAGGAAACCCGCUACCCCACCGGACGGCUCAGGAUCAAAGACAAAGACGGCAACGUCAUCCUGGACAACAGGGCGUAGAAGCGCGGCAUCUGAAAGCAAGCUCUGAACAUUUUUUGGGUUCCUCUGGCUACUUUUUGUACAACUAUGAUUCCCAAAGACAAAAAGUCUCUAACAUAUCAGAGACAGCUUUUAAUACUGGACUUCCAGUUGCUCCCCUCUCCACAGGGAGGUCAGAGGUCAGCUGGUCUGGAUUCAGAGAUUUUCUAUUUCAGCUCACUUCAUACAGGAAAAAGUUGCCAGCUGUAGCAUUCAGACCUAAGGUUGGUAUCAAUCUUCUCAACUCUUGGUGAGAACGCAAAAAGAUUUUUGGGAUAUUUUCUCAAAAUAUCCAUGGAAAGAUCUUCCUUCAAUACUCUAACGUGCUGCCAAAGGGACAGGCAAAGCUGCGGGUGGAAAUCCACAACAACUGGGUUUGAGGAAGUCUUCAGCCUCUUUAAAAAUAUUUUAAUUAUUUUUUUAUUUAUUUUAAAGGUGAGAAAGUUGAGAUUCCUUCUGUUUUAUGGCAACACACACAUAUGGGUUGAUGCCCGUAUACACCACUGCCCCAUUUCCAAAAUUCAACACUCCAGGGUCAACUUUUGACCCCACCCCAGAUGAGCACCUUUCAGCUGUCCUACCUUCACCACGUCCGUCUAUGUAGCAUCCAAUGUGUUGCCCUUUGAGACAAAAGUCUCUCUCUUCUUCCAGAUGCUCCGAACAGUUUUCUCAUAAACGUUGGGCGUUCAUCAUUGAGGCCUAACAAAUGUGCUGAAUGCAUUUUCUUCUUCAUGAAACAUUUGCAGAAUUGAUUUUGGAAAUAUUUUAAACCCUGCACUGUUUACAUGUUUUCAAGCUUUCAGUCUUUUUCGGCACGUUGCUACAUUUCUUUGCGCAAUACCACCAGAAAAAAAUGGCUUUGCAGAUGUUUUAGGAGGGAGGAAAUGCAUUCAGCAUAUUCGUCAGACCUGAAAAGAUACAGACACUAAGUUUCGCAAACAGAAACUUUGCAUGGAAAUCCCACAGGUCAUCUUUAGUGUUGCAGUGAUACGAAGACCAUGUCUUUUGUCUAAAGUUAUUUGAAUUCUUGCAACGAAAUCCCUCCUUUAGUCACGCAAGACGGUGCUUUAUUUAUAUCAGGACAUUGUUCGUUUAUGAUCUACCACCAAACUUCAUUCACAGUCUUGUAAAUCUGAAUAUUUUGACAGUAACUCAGACUGAGAAAUACUUCCAUCGACUCAUUGUUUACGUCUCCAGUAAAGGCUUGGGAAUAAUGAAAUGCUGUGCAGGAACAAAAUGUCACCGUUGCAGCAUUUGAAACACAUCGAUUGAAAGAGAACUGCUUUAGUGUGG